UAUAUUUUCAAAUAAAAGUUCAGUCUUGUAAACAGGUAUUAUUUUUCAUGUAAUCAAUAAAGAUAAGGUAAGCUGUAUUUUCUGGAGAAAUGUAUGAAGGCGAGAAAAAAUAAAUUAAAUAAAGGAAGAAAAAAGAAGAGAGAGAGGAGAGAGCGAGAGAGAGAAAAAAAAUAUAUAAGGAAAAUGGAUGAAAAUACGAAUAAAAAUAGAAACAAUAACUUCCUCAAGAGCUCAAAAUACAUAAUGCAUCCCUGCCACGUACCAUGAUCUCGGGUAUAACAUUUUUCAAAGACAAAAAUAGCAAAAUAAGGAAAAAACAAGUGAAAAUCGUUUCGCGCGCGUUCGUAGUGAACGAGGUUGCAAACUGGAGGUGAAUUUGUUUUAUUAUCAUUACAGGCUUCAGUACAUUAAUGGAAUAAAGAAUAAGGCAGAAACAGAAAAAAGAAAGAUAAAAAAAAAAAUAUAUAUGUAUUUUUAUAGUAUUGUGUUUUGAAAAAUGGCUGCCGAAAAAUGGGCCUUUGGGAUUCAUAUCGUGAUUUUCUUACUGACUCAUUCCCGCGCCAGCAAGAAUGUGUACGUCAGGCGGAAUUUCACAACAGAGUGGAGGAAAAUUUCCGAGAUUCGAACACUUCAUCCAAUCAACGAGACAGCGUUGGAAAUUCUCGAAGCUAUGCAAGAAGAAGCAUUCAAGAUACAAAUCAUUGUGAACAAACGGCGAAUUGGCAUUUACCUUGAUGACCACUUGAUUUACGAGAAAGUCGGGAUAAUGGAUUCAGCUGUAAAGACCCACUCCGGCAUGCACGUGGUGGUACUGCACCCUUCCCGUGGCCACAUGAUGCUCGCCAGGCAGUUCCUGACGUUCCAGCCCGCCGAGGACAGGAACCUGGUGGCGUGCCUCGACUCCCUCAUGCCGGGGAACAUCCUCAUUGUGGUGGCGGUGCCCGAUGCGGUAAUGUUCCUGGGCCCCAUCGCCGUGGCCCGCCUGGAGGAGAUGGGCGCCUCCAGAAUCCGCUAUCUCGCCCGACACGAAACCUGGGUCAUGGUGGUUCACACGCCCGUCCGCGUUCAGACGCCUCCGCGCUACCACUAUCCUGUACUUAAACCGAACGUAACGGUUCCAGCGAAGCCACUGGGGAGGGUGUGGGGAGAGAGCGUAUCUAUUCGAUCGCUGGAGAGGAUGGACACUUCUGCCUUCGUCAACGUUGGCGUCUUCGUCCCUAAAUUCUUAGCUACGCAGUGUGACUGGCACCAGGACGAAACCCUGAAGGAUCAGAAGGAGUUCUGUGAGCGCUACGACGGCUACGUACGCCUCUGCGAGUGCCAGGGCCCCCUCACCUCCGCCUUCAGGCACUCCGCUGAAAAGAUAGAAAUCCAUGAGGUCAUUCCACUGGCGAUGUUAACGGCCGUCAAACCCUUUAACUUCUACAGGCAGCUCCUGAAUAUACUGGAAACUCCUGGAGCCGCGCAGACACCCAUACUGGUUCUUGUGGACGGAUACCAGAAGGAAAUCAUUCAUCUCACCAAACUCUUCAAGUUAGACGUCUUAUUGCACAGACCUCAGGGUGAGAAGGGUUCGGCAACGCUCCUCAACAUGCACUUUCGGUUCUCCGUGCACAAUGUCUUCAAUUUCUUCCCGGAAGCGAAGAAGGCCAUUAUUUUGGAGGAUGACUUGUUGCUCUCGCCGGACUUCAUAUCGUUCUUCCAACAGACGGCGUGGCUCCUGGACGAAGACCCGACCAUCGGGUCCGUGAAUGCAUUCUCUAUCAACAGCUUUCCUGAAGUGGCAUCCGAUCCGACUGUUUUAAGGAGAGUCGAGCUUUUUCCACAGUUUGGCUGGCUGGUCCGGCGAGAGUGGGCCGAGGAGAUAUACGAAGCGUGGAUACCAGAGAAGGAGACAGCCGACUGGGACUGGUGGCUCUUCAGGGAAGUCCCACGUAAACAACGGGACACUCUGGUUCCUGAAGUAAGCCGGGUCAUCCACGCAGGGUCUUCUGGGGCUCACGUCACGGGCUAUGCGCAGGAGAACUUCUUUAACCACAUGGUUUACAACGAGGAUCCGUAUGUGACGCUUAGGAACCUUGAAAAUCUGACCAAAGAACGCUACGAAGACCUAAUCCGUCGAGAGAUACUCCGCGCUGUCACCCUCAACUUAACUUCCUCGCCCUGUGACGGACCCAUUCUCCCCGAAGACCAGCCUGGACCAUUUAAGCUCUUCGUUGAAAUCAAGACUAAAAGUGAUGAAUAUGAGAGUUUCUAUGUCAUGCAGGCGUGCUUACAUGCCUACCCCGAAGAAGCACGUGAGGUGUUCCGUGGGGUACUGCGGUACAAUCUUCAGGGUCGCGUUCUAUAUGUGGUAGGCUGCCCCCUCUCUCCUUACUGCUCGAUGUACUCCGACGGUUACCGCUUCCUGAGGCCUUCCCCGUGGCUGGUGGACUCGGCGAACCAGGUCGCUCGAGUGGCAGACGAGGAACUACCCGCCGUACUUCGUGGAGCGUCGUCGAGCCGUUUCGCCCGAGGAGGAGUUUCGGAUGGAGAACCUGCUCUACGUUUACCACAAAGGGAGAGGCGUGUACAGGAAGGCUGCAUGAAAGGAGAAGCGUGUUUUCGAUAGUCGUGACCACGCACGAGCUGCUGCUAGAGCAUUUUUUUCUGUUUAUACAUGUAAAUAUAUUCGUAUUCGCACACACAGACACGUACAACGAUUAUAUUCAUAUAUUUACGUUUAUGUACACGUUCUGUAAAUUAUAUUUCACACCAGUACUUACACAUAUGAACACAAACACGCAUACUUUCACAAUCAAAAGUGGCACGAUCAUAUUUAAUUAAAUGGAGAUAAAAACAGUUUUUCUUUGAAUAUUGACACGGCGCUGAUGAAUGUAGCAGAUGCCUAGAGCCUUUUUGGGAACGCUACAUAUUCUUGUGAAUACCACCCUUUCCUUCAUUCUUUCGUCUUUUUUGGAAGAACUGCAAAAAAUUGUUUGAGAAAAAAGUGAUGGCCACGGCACAUUGCUGAUUGUGAUACAUCAUUUGUUAUCAGAA